AUGGGCGCCGAGCUGAGUCGCCCCGUCAUGAGCUCAGUCAUUACGAACCUCAAGGACGACGCCGCCGACCGUCGACGCGUCGGAAGCAGCAGCGCUCUGGACGCUGCGCCUUCCCAGCCGUCGCUCCGGUUGCCCACGUCUGCCAGCACGACGGCCUUGGCGUCCAUGGCUUCGAGCCGACAGAACAGUCGCAGCAGCAGUGCGAACGCCAAGGCCAAGCUGCUCGAGGGCAGUUUCUUCUCGAGCAUGCGGCGCUCGAGGAACAAUAGCAAGAGCUUGACGCCGCCGUCGUCCAGUAGCUUGGGCGACCACGCUGUCGAGAGUCUUGACCUGCCCAUGGUCGAGUGGGAGGGAUACGUGACCAAGAGAGGACACUUGGUGCGCAACUGGAAGAUGCGCUUUUUCACACUGGAAGGAAAUUUACUCUCGUACUAUGAGAACAAGGUGGACGCGCGCAAUCGAAGCCAUUUGAAAGGCCGCGUCCAUGUGGCGUCGGUCAAGAUGGACAAGGUGGCCAAGAACGGCCACGGCUUUGAUUUUUCGUUCGAGACCACGGAGAACAAGGUUUUCCACUGCAGCGUGCCUACGCAGUUUGACCAGCUAGCUUGGGUCUAUUUCCUAGAGGCGGGAGUCGAUACGGUGAGCAUGAAGCAGAACAAUAAGCUAGUAUACAACACGUACCGCCAUGGAGCACUGCCGGACAUGCGCACGGAAAAGGGCUACGAGGUCUACCAGCGAAUGCUCAGCGGCGACGCGGGUAUUGUGACGGAACUGCUGUCGUACUUUAACAAGGAUCUUGUCUUCUCGUCGUCGUACCCAAAGAGCACGCCGUUUAGCGGUGACUACUUUGGCCGUGAAGGUCUGCUGCACUUUCUGGGUGCGUUUCAGAGCAACGUGGAUUUGGUUGAGAUGGAAGUGAAGGAACGCGAGCUGGACGCAGAUGGAAAGAGUUUGACGGUAAAGGGAACGGAGACACUCAAGAGCAAGCGCUCGGGCGCAGUGAUUACUCAGUCGUGGUCGCACCGUCUGCGGUUUGGUCCGAACGGACGCGUGUUGCGCUUCCGUGUUGAUGUGGAUUUGAAGAGUGCGACAGGUAAUUGGAAGUCGUUUGGAGUCAAGAAUCCGUACCCCGAGUUGUCCGAUGCGUCAGUGCGAUCUAAUCGAUCCUUGAGUAUUUCCAUGAAGGACUUUACGGUGUACAACGUGAUUGGUAAAGGUGGUUUCGGUACCGUCGUGAAUGCCGUGAAGAAAAGUGACGGUCAAAUUUACGCACUGAAGAUUUUAGAGAAGAGCAAGAUGACCAAAUACGACGUAGAGAGCUCGUUUACGGAAAUGCGAGUGGCCCAGAACAUCCACCACCCGUUUAUUGCAGGUUUGCGCAUUGCCUUUCAGAGUCGCACGAAGCUUUUUCUCGGUAUGAACUACUACGGUGGUGGUGAUCUAUUCCACCAUAUGAGCAAGGGCUCGAGCUGCCGGAUACUACCGGACCGCGCUCAUUUUUACACAGCUGAACUGGUGCUCGGUAUUCAUCACCUGCAUCAGCACGACAUUCUCUACCGUGAUAUCAAACCUGAAAACGUGAUGAUCGAUGCGGAUGGCCAUGUCGCACUUGUGGACUUCGGUCUUGCCAAGCUGCACGUGUCGGAGUUUAAGGGUGCAAAGACCAUGGCGGGUUCACCUCAGUACACAGCACCGGAGUUGCUACUGCCCAAGGCGAAGCGGUCAUACGGUAAGGCAGCAGAUUGGUGGAGUCUUGGCAUCUUGCUUUACGAGAUGAGUGUAGGCAAGUCUCCUUUUUACGACAACAACAUUGAAAAGAUGUACCACAAGAUCCAGAACGACCCUCUGGUCUUCCCCACAAAACCAAUGCUUGCGGACGAGCUCAAGUCGAUUCUUCGAAGCUUUCUCCAGAAGGACCCCACAAAGCGCCUCGGCACGAAUAUCAGCGACAUUUUAAAACACCCGUACUUCCGUGGCAUUGAUUGGGAUUUGCUGCUGAAGAAGCAAAUUACUCCACCGUGGAAGCCGAAGCUCACAUCACUUCUUGAUGUAGAGUACGUGGACGCGGAAUUUACAGACUUGGACGUGAACAGUGAAGUCCAGUCACCGACGGACAGGUCGGCAGCCAAGUCUAAGGGUUUUUUGUCGCUUGUGUCGAGCCGGGGCAACCGUGACAAGGCAGCUCCUCCGGUUCAGGACCCAACAUUCAAGGAUUUCACCUACUUCUGCGAAGAUCCAGAUGCUCUUGUGGAAGUCACGAACUUGGUGUCUGAAUUGCGACCACCACCGCCGCCUGCCAGUCCCACGCCGGGUCGUCCAAACGUAGAGGACCUCGAUGAGUCUGAUCAAGCAGGAGUGCACGAUGCUAGCAUUCCUUCAGAGUACGGGGGAACGCCGCUAUCGUCAUUUGUUGAGAAUGGUCUAUUGAACCCGAUGCCGAUUUCACCCAAGCAGUUUCACGAAGGCUUGAAGAAGCUGGAGGCAUCGAUGGUCGAGCAAUUUGAGCGCGUUGAGGUUACCAUCUCCCGUGGGCGGCCGCCGGCUAAAAAGGCAAAUGGAAGUUCGUGCUCGAGCAGCGAGGAGCACGAUCACGACCACGUUCGAGUAGAAAAGCUUGUGAUCUCGCAUGGACCGUCGAACUCGAUGGAAAGCACGGGCGCCGCAACAGCGAAGCGACAUGAAUCGAGUCAACACUCGUGCGAUUUGUCUCCGUCCAGUCCCAGCGGUAAGUCUCGGGACUUAUCCGGAUCAAGCGACGUUGCCAGUCAUGGCGUGAGCUCGCAUGAAUACGCGGCUAGAAGCAGAGGGUCAUCUGCUGCAAGUCCUACAGCUGUUGAUACCGGAACUAGUGUUGAGGUAGAAUUUUAG